ACGGCUCGUUUUCACAGCUGUGCUGGUCGAUAUUGAUGUUGUACAGAUUAGCUCUGUCUGUUAGCGGCUCACUAACUCAUCUAAACUCGUAGCUCCGCUUCAUUCACAGGCCUGCUCAGUUAUGAUCAUGACGCCGUUUUUAGCGAGUUUUAUUUAUUUGGCGCUGUUAUGUAACGUUAAUAGGAUAUGCUGUGAUAAUGACACAGAAGAGGAUGAGCACGCCAAACACACAUACACGGUGGAGAUGUUCAAUGAUGCCGUCUCUAUUGCUCCCCACUUCGUCAUGUUCUACGCGCCCUGGUGUGGUCACUGUCAGAGGCUGCAGCCGGCGUGGAAUGAGUUGGCAGAUAAAUAUAACAGUAUGGAAGCUCCUCCAGUGUAUGUGGUGAAAGUCGACUGCACAAAAGACACAAAGUUUUGCUCCAGUGAGCAUGGGAUCCGUGGAUACCCCACUCUGAAGUUGUUUAAACCUGAUCAGGAGGCUAUAAAGUAUCAGGGCCCAAGAGAUCUGGAGGCGCUGGAGAGCUGGAUGCUAAAAACCCUUCAGGAGGAACCUGAAGAACCCCAGACUGAACCCGAGCUGCCCAAAGUCCCUGAACCCAAACAGGGCCUGUAUGAACUCGCAGCCACAAACUUCAAAUCACACAUCUCUAAAGGUUCUCACUUUGUGAAGUUCUAUGCACCAUGGUGUGGGCACUGCAAAGCCAUGGCUCCUACAUGGGAACAGCUCGCCACCAGCUUCGAGCAUUCAGACAGUGUCAAGAUCGGCAAGGUGGAUUGCACACAGCACUAUGAGGUGUGUUCAGAUAAUCAGGUUCGUGGUUAUCCCACGCUGCUCUUCUUCACUGAUGGAGAGAAGGUUGAUCAGUACAGAGGAAAGCGUGAUCUGGACUCAUUUAAAGAGUUUGUUGAUAAUCACGUAAAAGCUGCUGAAUCUAAAGAUGAGCCUGUGAAAGAGGAGGAGCAUGCUCACGAAAUCCCACCUAGCGAUGAACCUGAAAAACAAGAGUCUAAUGUUCUGGUAUUGACUGAUAGCAACUUUGACGAGACUGUUGCCAAAGGACUCUCCUUCAUCAAGUUCUAUGCUCCAUGGUGUGGUCACUGCAAAAACCUGGCCCCUACCUGGGAUGAUCUAUCUAAAAAGGAGUUUCCUGGACUGGCUGAUGUGAAGAUUGCUAAAGUGGACUGCACCGUGGAGAGAUCGGUCUGCAACAGAUACUCUGUGCGUGGAUACCCAACUCUCCUGAUGUUCCGGGCGGGGCAACAGGGGGAGGAGCAUAAUGGAGGGCGGGACUUAGAGAGCUUGCACAAUUUUGUCAUGAAGCAUGCGAGAGAUGAGCUGUAACUCCCUCAUUUUCCACACAACAACACUAUCUACAUUUACCAUACAGUCAAAAGGACUUUUUUUCUUCAUUUCUGUCCCUCACCUGCUUCCACAUGAUAAAAUGUGAAUGUACAUGUCAUCUCAGAUCAGUUGACGAGAUUAUUAGCGAUUGCAACUACAGACUUUUGAUUUUGACUUUCUCCAUUAAAAUAACAGUAGUAUGAUUUCAAAAAGAGCAUUACAUCAUUUAAGGUGCAUAUUUUGUCAGUUAUAUUUGAGGAAAUUCAGCUUAAUUUGCUAUCAGCUGAGAAAAUAUGACCUCAGGGAGACUUUUUUUUUUUUUUUUUGUUUUUUUUUUUUUUAUACCUCCAAUCAAUGUAAAACAUUAUGAGAUACACACUUGCAAACAGCACUUUGACCAUGUACGGGGUUUUUCUGUUGGAGUUUCAAAUGUUUCUGUUGUGGUCUUAGGUUUUGAAAUGGUUGUAUAAUUCAGAAGAUUAAAACAAUUAUGAAAUAAACCAGACUAAGGUAGUUUGUUAGCUAGACUUGGAGACCUGUUUAAACCAGUCAAGACCAAGAUGGAUUAGCUGGUUCAGAUAGUUGGCCAUAAUUAUCUAACCAGGCCAGUCUUAACAGGUUUGAUGGCCAGCAAACCACAUUAGGCUGGUUUAACAGCUUUGAUUAAUUUGUCUUAUAAAUCUUCUUAAAUUUUCUUAUAGGCAUAUGAAUGGGGUAAAUACAUUUAGACAUAUCCCCAAUAUUGCCAUUAUGUAAUCCUUUUUUCUUUUUUUUUCUCAACACUCAGCAAAGUAAAACAAUGCAAAAUAGAUAAUUUUUUGCUGUAUAAUGACGGUUUAUGGAAAUAUGGUUUACUUAACAGUAAAGGUUGUGAAAGGUUAAAGCAUUUAUGGUACAGUAUUUUUUUUUUUUUUAUUAUUAUUAUUUUGCAUUUUUCCUUUGAUUAGGUUUGUCUUUUAGACUCUGUUUGAGACACACUUUUUUUCUCUCUCUCUGUAAUUCAGUCUUUAUGGCUUUCACAUGCCGGUCAACCACUUUUAAUAUUAUUAGUGAAAUGCUUAAAACGCUUUGUGAUGGUGAAAUUCAGAGACACUAGCGUCGCCUGGUAUCAUUGCUUGAAGAAUUCUGAUAGACUUGUAUGUGUUCUCUGAUGCUCUCCAGUGGUUUCAUUGACUUAAACAAAUGUAAUCUACAUUUUUCCUUUCAAAUAUUCCCACACUGAGAUGUUUAUUUUUCUCUUUUACUGGAUCUGAAAGAGAAGGAAGGGAAAAGCAAUCAGAGAAACCGCAUAUAUUCAGUGAAGUCUUUAUGGGAGGCACAUGGUCAAGGCUGAACUCACUGAAAAAUGCAGUAUUUUUGUCCUGUGCGAGAGGGGUACACUCACUCUCUGGGUUGUUGUUGUUGUUGUUGUUGUUUUUGUUUUUGUUUUUUUACAAAAACAGCCAUUUUGUGACACAUUUCAUAAUAAAAUGUCUUUUUCCAAAAA